GUGUAAUGAUAACGUAGAAAUGUCAAAUCUUCCAUGCAUCAUAUGUUUUGUAAAUAUUUUUAUCACUAAUGAUUUUAUUUUCUACAAAGGUUACGAAGGAUUUCAUUUUCCAACGAUUUAUAUUUUGAUUUCACUAAUUUCGUGCAAAUUGAAGUCUUCGAAAAAGUAAGUAUUUUUUUUCUAUUUCAAUUGUAUUUUUUAUUUUUUACCUUUUUUCGAUUGAGUAACAAUCGAACAAUUACUUUUGUCGCAAUUCGCUUACUUGUUAAAUAAUCAUUUGAUUUAUUAGAUGUCUACAAAUUUAAUACAAUUUUAAAAUAAUUUGUCAUCUUUAUCUGUUCCUUAACAAAAAUACAUUCAACCAUAAUUUUAAAUACAAAAAAAAUAUUUAUUACAAUGUGUAUCAAUAUUCACAAUUAUAAUAAUAUCUAGUUAAUAAUUAUUAUGUUUUAUUAGAUUAUAUUCUAUUAAAAUAUCAAAUAUUGAUGCUAAUGGGUGCAGCUUUCGUCACAUUAGCAUGUAUCUUAUUGUACAAAUUAUUGUGUAUAACAUUAAACUAUUUUUUAUAAAUAUAUGAAAUAUGUUUUCCUAUCUAUAACACAGUUCAUUUUUCCGAUAAUUAUUUUUAAACAACCACUUUAGAUAUUUAAUAUAAUAUGCUAAAAUAAUAAAUUUUAAAACAUUAUUAUAUAGGCAGGUAUUAGGUUAGGUUUACUAGUAAAUCCCAACAGUAGAGGUGACUACAUUUGACUAUACAAUUUUUGGUGCAAUUUAUAAUUAGUUUGUUAAUUGUAGAAUUUAAAUUUUUAAGAAAAAAUUAUUUUAUAAGAUACCUACAAUAUUAAUUAACCUCAGGGGAGCAUAUGUUCUUAUGAUGCUACUGGAUCUCAAGUUUCUAUUGGUGAAAAAUCCAAGUGAGCUAUGUUAGUGUUUUAUGUGAUAAGAGGAUUCCAUUAAGGCUUAAUUAUAAAUUCUACAAGAGUGCGGUGAGACCGGUUACAUUUUAUGGUUUGAAAUGUUUGACCAAAGUCAAAAAAUAGAACAUUGAUUGCGUAGUACAAAUAAGAACGCAUAGGUGGAUAAGUGGGUGACUAGAGAAGAUAGGAUAAGGAAUGAGAACACAAGAAGUAGUUAAUUUGUGGCUUUAAUAGUAGACAAAAUUGGUGAAAAUAACCUGAGAUCUUUUAAGCGUGUCAUGUGUAAAAAGGAAUCGUAAGCAUUACAAAUUAUAAUGAAAAUAAAUGUAGGAGGAAGACUGAAAAAGAGGUGAUUUGACAUGAUUAAUAAUAUGAGGACACUGUAGGACAGUCAGUAUAUGUGAGGUGGAAGGUCGAGUUAAGUGGAAGUUAAGAACGAGGUUGGCCAAUCCUAAAUAAUUGGGAUGAAGGUGAAAAAUAAAACAUACAAUAUUAUUUAUUUAUAAUACCUUGUUUUGUGCAUUCAUAAUUGAUAAAAAUAUAACCUCUAGAACUUUGAAAAAUGUUAACAUUUAUAAAAAAAAUUCCACAUUGAUGUUGUCAUUUUCUUGUCUAAUUAUAUCUAUUUCUCUACUAUCUAUAAUACAUUCAAAUUGUCUUUUAAUACUGUAGAGAUAAUAUUGAUGGAAAAUAUUAACACAUUUAUUUAUUUACAUGGUUUUCUAAUUCUUUUCAUUUUAAUACUUUUACAGGCAUUCAAUAUGUCUCUACAGAAAAUAUUGACAGCAACAAAACCUUUGUCCCGUAAUAUCCAUCGGAGUCGGCCACUCAAUGAGGAUGCUCGAUUAAAAGAAUUAAAGAAAUGGCAAAAAGCAUUCCAAACACCUGAUGAUGUACCAGUUUACUUGAAACGUGGAAUGACUGAUCGCCUUAUUGUUGGUUUUAUUACUAUUGGCACUUUAGUGGGACUUGGAAAUUCAUUACAAUUUCUUUAUGGAGAAUUGAUUAAACCAUGAAUAAGUUAUAAUUGUAGAUUGUCGUUAGUUUGAUAAUAUUGUAAUAAAAAUACAGUAAAAAAAAAAACAUGUGUACUAAUGUUAUUAUGAAAAUAAAAGAAUACAAUGGUCAACUAUUUUCAGUUAAUCUGUAAAUAAAAAGUAACGUUUUACAUUUUGUUUUGAAUAAUAUAAUACUUGUAAUUAAUUUAAAUGAGACGCUUAUUAGAACAAGAGCCUGAUAUUUUUCUUGAUGCAUUUUUUUUUCAGUGAAAACUUUAAUUUUGCCUAUUUUUAAUAAUUACAUUGGUUGAUUUAAUCUAUAAUAUUAGUUUAGGCUUAGGAAUUAAAAAAAAAAAAAUAGAAUGGACCCUUGUUCUUAUAAGCGUGUCAAAUGUUGAAUGCAAACGUUGACAGACAUUUUUUUAGAAUUAUUCGAUGACUAUAAAACAGUUUGUAUAUAUGUUGUAAAUGUUUUACAAUAAAUUAUUUUAAAGAAACUUCUGUUCCGUAAAACAUCUCAUCAUUUAUUCAAAUAUCAAUGACUCUAAGAUGUAAGUGGUAUUGAGGAGGAAGAUGAUUGUGGAGGUUGAUUAUUGAUUAUAAUGAACUUUUGCAACACUGCAAAGAUUAUUCCUGAAAUGCCUAGUAUAAUUAAUCCAGUGAAUGUGAUUGACAACCAUGCUGGUAUUCCCAAUGUUUC